CACCCGGUGCCGCUGUAUAACAUCUCCAGGAUCCGGAAACUCAGCCACUCCUGGGUCAUGUGGAACCAGCUGUUACCAUCUCUUACUGCCCUUCAUGAUCCUGUCCUGCCUGGCUGGGACACUGGCCAGUACAUCCCAGACGCCAUCCUUUAUGCUGAUACUUAGGAGCGUUAACCCUGCUGAAAAGUCCCUGGCAAUCGGCAUACAGUUCAUGCUCCUGAGGAUCCUUGCCUGGCUGCCGGGUCCUGUCAUGUUCGGCAGUAUGAUUGAUAGCACCUGCACACUAUGGGGAAAGAAGUGUGGAGCCAAAGCAGCCUGCCAAUAUUAUAAUACCGAUCUGCUGAGGCAAAGGUACAUCGGCUUGCAGAUUCUCUUCGAAAUAGGAGCUUUGAUCUUCUUUAUAGCUCUUUUCUGUGUGAUACGUCACAAAGACAAGAUCAAGGUUGAGGAUGAAAAAAAAACAGAGACACACAAGUUAAAUGAAAAGCAGGAAAAUCUUAAAGUUGUCCCGAGCCGGGAGCAUGAGAUGGCUGCGUAGAUCACCGUUGUAUAUGGGGAUGUUUUCUUCAUCUGAUAGAGUAUUGGCCGUGUCUUUAUUGUGCCCUCUAAACAGGGGACCUUCAAUAUACUUUUAGGAGAGGUUCUCAAGGAAUAUUUCAUCUUCACACACAACAUUGACCAGCAAUCCCUCGUUCUACCUGCAAACAAAGACUGAGCCAUUUUCGAUUACAAACCUUUAAAGCUAUCAAAAACAUUGUACAGAAAAGGACUUGUCCAUGGAGAAAAGUUUAUGAUAAAGCUGAUAGAAAAUGACGCAGCUCUGAUCUACUGCCACCACCCUCUGCCUAAGGUUGUCAUAAGUUUCCUUCCCUUUUUCUAUUUCCAAUCAUUGCCCAAUAACAUAUGUUUCUUCUCCGACAGAGCUGGAAAAUAUGUUUGGUGAUUCACCCACAUGCGUCAAGCUUGGUCGUGGAUUAGGAGUAGACAGGAAUUGCUUACCAAGAACAUAAACUUGAGUUCAAGUUGUGAAACCAAAGGCCUAAAAGCAAUAAAAAAAGAUUGUAAAUACAAGGACAGUAAUAUUCUUAUACAUCUUUUAUAUAAAAUGAAAUACUUGGGUUCAAGUUGAAGUAACUUGUUCUACAAUUUAAAAAAAGGAAACCUUCAGCUGCCAUCCUAACUCAACUUGACCUUAAUUUGUUCUAUAUUCCAUUGGGAAAAAAAAAACUUUACCAUCAGCUGCUGUCCUAACUCCAGUGGGCCUCCACGAUAUAUAUAUAUAUAUAUAUCCAUCCAUUAAGGCCACUUAACUUUCAGUUGCUAUUUUAGCUCUAUGAAUCUUCACCUUCAGCUGCUAUCCUGGCGCCAGUUGGCCUUUAUUUACUCUACAUUCCAUAAAAGAAACUUCACAUUCAGCUGCUGUCCUACAUGCAGUUGGCCUCUACUUGCUCUAUGUUUAAUUAAGGAAACUUCUCCUUCAGUUGCUCUCUUAGCUCCAGUUGGCCUCUGAGUGCUCAAUAUACCAUUAAGAAAAUUUCACUUUUAACUAAUAAUCAAGCUCCUUUUGGACUUUGUUUACUAUGCAUUCCGUAAAAGAACCUUCACGUUCAGCUCCUGUCCUACCUCCAGUUGGCCUUAACUUGCUGUAUGCUCCAUUAAGGAUACUUUACUUUCAGCUGCUAUUCUAGACACCCUUGGCCUCUACUUGCUGUACUUUCUAUAAAGAAACUUUACUUUCUGCUGCUGUCCUACCUCUAGUUGGCCUUAUUGUUCCAUUAUGGAAACUUCAUGUUCAGCUGCUGUCCUAGCUCCAGUUGACCUCUACUUGCUUUAUAUACCAUUAAGGAACUUUAUCUUCAGCUUCUGUGGCAGUUGGCUAUUUGUACUACAUUCCAUAAAAUAAACUUUACCUUGCGGUGCUAUUCUAGCUUCAAUUGGCCUUUACUUGCUCUUCAUUCCAUAAAUUAAGCUUUACUUUCAGCUGCUAGCCUAACUUCAAUUGGCCUCUGCUUGCUCUAUAUAUCAUGAAGGAAACUUUAUCUUCUGCUGCCAUUCUAGCUCCAGUUGGCCUUUACUUGCUUUACAUUCCAUAAAGGAAAAUUUACUUUCAGCUGCUAUCCUACUGUUAAUCAAUGUGUCUUUACUUUUGCUCUACAUUCCAUAAAAUAAACUUCAGCUUGAGUUGC